AUGGCCACUACAACAUUCAUCUUUGCAGGUGUGGAAUUUGUUACCAAUAACCAUGCUGCUAUUCUAAACACUGCCGACGCUCCAAGGGAUUAUCAUCCCAUGCAGCAAUUUCUGGCACAGAGUGCCAUUGCUACCGCCCUUACUGCUCCUGCCAGACUCUCAGGAAGCCAAAUCAUAAACUUUUGGAGGACGGGUAAGUAUGACAAUGGUGGUGAAGAUGGAUCACCAUCAAUUGUGUUCUCAUAUGAAGGGGAGGAGUAUUUUGUUACUCCAGCCACAGUCAGAACAGCAUUUAACCUACCAGAGCUCGACAUUGCUUAUAUCACAAAUGGAGAUGCAAAUCUGAGAACAAUGAUGACUGAUUUGGGCUACAUCUCUCCUACAAUCCCCAAACAACCCAGAACUUCUGCAUCCAGGCCUAAAAAGGCUACAAAGUCUGAUGAAAACCCCUCUACCAAGAAGAUCAGAACCUCUGUUGCUACACAAGUUCUGCAGACAAAGUCUGAUAAACCAGCAAACUCUGAUGCUGUAAACUCUGGUGCUGUAAACACUGAUCGUGUAAACUCUGAAGCUGCUUCUCCUCAAAAGCAGAAAAGAAGAAGACUGGUUGCAGCCUAUGACUAUGAUGAUCUUGAACCUGCACAUGCAGUAAACUCUGAACCUAUUCCUCCACCAAACUCUGACCCUGUUCAGACCAGUCCUCAACAAAAGCCAGCCAGAUUCAAGAGAAGGGCUCAAAAGCCUGCGAGGGCAAAAGUCCAAAUCACUGAAAUAACAGACUUCACAGUUGAGGAAGAGCAAACACCAUCAACUCCAGUUGCUGAACAUUCUCACGCUCUGAUGGAGCAAGCUACAGCUGAAGCUGAAACAGCAGUGUCUGAUCCCAAAUCUCCCAUAUAUGAUCAUGGCACCCCAACUCCAAUUCCUCAAUCUCCAAUGAAGAUUCCUGAGGAUGCCAUUGUUCAUGAUACAACUCCUGAAAACUACAGGUCAGAUACUGUAGUUGAAGAAUCUGACAAGGUUGCAAUGGAAGCACUACAGUCCCUUGCAAUGACUGGUGCAGAAUCUAUUAAGCCAAACUCUGUUGCUCCCAUUACUGAGUCAGAUAACGCAAAGUCUGUUCCUGAUCCUGUUCAAGAUGCUGAGAAAUCUACACAAGAUGAUACUGAGGAUAAUGACAGUUCAGAUGAUGCCAAUGAUGAUGAACUAUUACCAACAAUGAACACAUCUUCAUUUCUUCAACUUCUCUUUUUAACCAUUUCACUAGCUUCAGUUCUGUCAUCUGAUUCCCACCAGCAUUUUAUUCAUUGCCUUACUAGAUUUUCUCCAAACCCGAAUUCGAUAUCUCAAGUUAUUUACACACCACAGAACUUAUCUUAUGAUUCUGUACUAAAAUUCUCUAUACACAACCUUAGAUUCGCGUCCUCGGCCACUCCAAAGCCUCUUGUCAUUGUCACCCCUAGGCAAGAAUCUCAGGUCCAAACUGUCAUUUAUUGCGCGAAGAAGCAUGACAUUAGAAUGAGGAUUCGAGGAGGAGGCCAUGAUUAUGAGGGACUUUCUUAUGCAACAAAGGCUCCUUUUGUAUUGCUUGAUAUGAAAUAUUUUAGUGCAGUUAGUGUUGAUCAUUUAGCAGCCACUGCAUGGGUGCAAUCCGGUGCAACUUUGGGUGAACUUUACUAUAGUAUCGCGCAAAAGAGUGAUACACUUGCAUUCCCUGGAGGCAUUUGGUGCACUGUUGGUGUCACUGGACUCAUUAGUGGUGGAGGAUAUGGCACGUUGAGACGUAAAUAUGGUCUUGCUGCUGAUAAUGUGAUGGAUGCACGUCUAAUUGAUGCUAAUGGGAGAAUUUUGGACCGAAAGUCCAUGGGGGAGGAUCUUUUCUGGGCUAUUAGAGGAGGGGGCGCUUCAAGCUUCGGGGUCAUUCUUUCUUGGAAGGUGAAACUAGUAAAAGUUCCACGUAUAGUCACUGGCUUUCGUGUCUACAGAACCUUAGAGCAGAAUGGCACUGAACUGGUGCACAAGUGGCAAACUAUUGCGCCAAGACUUCCAAAAGAAGCUGAACUCAGACUUCUUAUUAAUGUUAUUUGGACAAAUAAAACCAAUGGACAGAUCAAAACACCUCAGGAUGCUGAACCAAUCUCUGGUGCAGAUGAGAAAACAUUAAGAUUUGAAUUCGUAGGCUCGUUUCUUGGACCAGCAGAGGAAUUUGUUUUGUUGAUGAAAGAAAAGUUUCCAGAACUUGGUGUGGUGAAAGAAGAUUGUUUGGAGGUCACUUACAUCCAAAUGGCACUUAUUUUUUCACUUUUUAAAGCCCAAGAUUCACCUACUUUACUUCUCAAUAGAACUUCAUACACCAUUCCUUUCAAAGCCAAAUCAAGCUUUGUGAAUAAGCCAAUCCCCAUAGAAAGAUUGGAAGGGAUAUGGAAGCAUCUUCUGAAACAAAGGCCAACAAUGACGAAUUUGAUGCUCACAUCCUACGGAGGAAGAAUGGAAGAGAUUUCCGAGUCUGCAAUUCCAUUCCCACACAGAGCUGGAACGUUGUACAUGAUGUACAUGAGAGUAACCACUAUGGGACAGAGUACUAAUCCUGCUGAUGCGAAUGCAAUGGAAUGGAUCAGAAGCUUGUACGAAUAUGUGGCACCAUUUACAGCGAAUCAAAGUGCAUACUUGAAUUAUAAUGAUCUUGAUUUAGGAGUCAACAAUGAGUAUGGUCCUACGAGCUAUGAACAAGCAAGUGCCUGGGGUAAAAAGUAUUUUAAGAAGAAUUUCGACAGAUUGGUCAGAGUAAAGUCAGUAGUUGAUCCAAGUAAUUUUUUCAGACAUGAGCAGAGCAUCCCUCCUGCAAGACCUUGA